AUGGUGAAAAGAGCACCAGAGGAGCGUGAGGAUGUCACUAUGGGUGGCCAGGAGGCCCCUGUUGACUCAGAUAUCAUUCAAGUUGACUUUGAGUUUUUUGAUAUUAAACCGAUUGAUUUUCACGCUUCCAAAAACCUUCUCAAACAACUUUUUGGCUAUGACCACACAUUUAUCAACUUGAGUGCGGUCUCUGACUUUAUUCUUGGCAGUGCCGUCGCUGGUUCGACGGUGAAGGUUGACGGGCCUGAAUCUGAUCCUUAUGCAAUGCUGGCACUUUUGGAUGUGUCGGCUAACAAAGCUCAAGAAGCUCUGUCAUGCAUUAUUAAAUACUUAUCUGAUCGUUCUGCAUCCGCAAAUCCAGAAUUGAAGAACUUUUUUGAGUCUUCACUCGCUGAUGGUUCAAAGGAACACGUGGGAUUGCUUCUUAAUGAGCGAUUGAUCAACAUGCCUGUUCAGGUCAUCCCUCCAAUGUACAAGAUGCUUUUUGACGAACUCGCUCAAGAUAAGAAGGGCGAAUUUACACACUAUAUCCUCGUUUCAAAGACAUAUACCGAGUGUACACCCCAAUUGGACGUUGACGACGAUGAUGCUCCUCGUCCAACCAAAAAGGGAAAGAAACUGAAGAAAAAGAAGGAAAAGAAUUCUAACGAAGUUUUUUAUUUUCAUCCUGAAGACGAAAUUCUUCGUCAGUUUGCUACCCUUGCCAUCGAUUUCCCUUAUGUUAACCAGGACUUUAACCCGGAUGCCAAUCGUGUUUUUCAAGAAGCUGGUAUCAAGCCUCAGGGAUUGGCAAUGGUGUUUACACACGAUGCGCUGAGUCGCUUAGUGCCUACAUUGCUUCAAAGCUUUCAAGCUUAG